UCUCUCUUCUACACUUCUCCUUCUGACCCCACCAUCCCUCUUCCUUGUCUCCUUCCAUUUCCUGAUCAGUUCUCAUCCAUCCCUCUUGUUAUUCACUCUCCAUCUUUGUCCUUUCAUCAUUAUCCCAUCAAGUUUUUUUACCGACCUGCGUGUGUGUGUUUUAACCCUGGAUUCAUUUUGAACUUCAUGAGUUUUUAAAAAUAUUGUACAUAAAUCUUCAAAAGAUUCACCUGGCAAGGAGUUCGACUUGUCCAGAGCGUCACCGCGUUUGUUAAUUUAUUUGUUUUUGUCAGGUGGAGGGGCCCAAGAAGACUUUUUUUUUUCUCUUACUGGGAUCUGUCGUAACUGAAGUGAGAGCUAGCAGCUAGGGUUUCUUCCGAUUAAAGUCAUCUCCUUAUAUAUAAAAUGGAGAAAGAUCACGACAACUAUCAUUCGGCUCCUUCUUUCCCCCAAAGCUUUAACGCUCUGCCGCUGGACAACUCCCAGUCUCAGUAUCAUCACAAUCUCAUGAAGUUUCGGAUCGGAGAAGCUUCCGGAGAAACCAGCCACAUGAAUAAUAGUGGCAUGGUCGAUUAUAUGCUCCACAACAACAACAAUCCUCCUUCUCAACAACAACCGCCUUGUGGGUUUUAUGGUGCGCCCGCUGGUUCUACUUUUGAUAAGCUGAGUUUCGCAGAUGUGAUGCAGUUUGCAGAUUUCGGACCCAAGUUGUCCUUAAACCAGACCAAGAAUUGUGCCGAAGGAGAAGAAGAUCAGUCUGGGAUGGACCCAGUUUUCUUCCUCAAGUUCCCUGUGUUAAAUGACAAGUCGUUAAUGGAGGAUCAGAAUCUGAUGGGGACUGGUGCAGGAGAAAACGUAGCAGAAGAAGGAGUGAGAGAUCAGGAUGAAGUAGAAGCUCGAGGUGUCUCUGAUAGUAAUAAUAAUAAGUCGGUGCACCAACUUGGGUUUGUAGGGGAAGACAUGGAGAAGAAUCAUAGUAACCCUACAAGCACAGUGCAAGAGAACAACAACAAUACUAAUAAGAGCAAGAGAAAGAGACCCAGAACCAUCAAAACCAGUCAGGAGGUAGAAAGCCAGCGUAUGACUCACAUCGCCGUCGAAAGAAACCGUCGGAAGCAAAUGAACGAGCAUCUUCGCGUCCUCAGAUCCCUCAUGCCAGGUUCUUACGUCCAAAGGGGGGAUCAAGCUUCUAUAAUAGGAGGAGCCAUAGAGUUUGUGAGGGAAUUAGAGCAGCUUCUUCAGUGCCUGGAGUCACAGAAGAGAAGGAGGUUACUGGGAGAAGCUUCAAGGCAAGCUGGGGAUUCUUCUCUUGCAGUACAGGCGCAGCAACAACAACAAGCUCCCUUUUUUCCACCUUUGGGAGCUUUGCCAAAUGAUCAGAUGAAGCUUGUUGAGUUUGAGAGUGGGCUCAGGGAAGAAACAGCAGAGAACAAGUCGUGUCUGGCUGAUGUGGAAGUGAAGCUUUUAGGGUUUGAUGCGAUGAUCAAGAUCCUAUCAAGAAGAAGACCAGGCCAGUUGAUUAAGACCAUUGCUGCACUCGAAGAUUUGCAGCUUAUUAUCCUCCACACCAAUAUCACCACUAUUGAACAAACUGUUCUUUAUUCUUUCAAUGUCAAGGUUGCAGGCGAUUCAAGGUUCACAGCGGAAGACAUAGCCAGCUCUGUGCAACAGAUAUUCAGUUUCAUUCACGAGAACACUGGAAUGUAAUAUUAUUAUCAUUAUAUUGUUAUUAUUACUUUGUUACCUAUGCCAAUUAUAUAUGACAUCUAUAGAUGAUUUGGGUUCAUUCA